UCGGCUGUGAAUAACAAUAAUAUCACUAAUAAUAACCACUCGUCGUCGUUGAGUAUGUGUUCAAACGCCACGAGUGUCUCGUCUAUGGCCUGUGGCGGCGGCGGUCACGAUAACGGCGGCACUCUUUGGAAAGGCGCCCUAAACAACGGCAAAACCGGUUACUUCAACCCCAGCGACUGUGUCUCCUAUUUGGGCCAAAACCUGCCCACGUCUUCGUCUCAAUCGCUGUCCACAUCGACGUCCGGCGGUAUCGGCGGCGCCGGUGGUCGGGAGUCAUCGUCGGCCACCUCUACGCUGGCGUCACACGUAUUGCAGUCUAAGUUUAUACGCGGUUUUCUGGACUCGCGUCACAACAGCGGCGGCAGUCACUCAUCAACCGGUGGCCAAUCGGCCGCCGCUGGCAACCAAUCGCCGUACGGUUCCCGACGCCGGAUACGGCCCGACAUGAUUAGCCGACCGCAGGGCGAUCUCGUCCACACCGGUCACGUGGGCGCCGACGGGGCCUUCUUCGGCGACGUGGGCUUCUUGGACGGCAAGUAUCAACAGUUGCCCAAACAGGUUGUGGCGCCGUAUAGGGCUCAAGACGACGUCCAGAGCCAUCAUCACAGCAACGGUUGCGGUCCACCGCAGCCGCCGAAGAGGGACUCGACGACGAGUAAUGGCAGCGGCUGUGGAGGCGGUGGCGGCGCCCGAAACAAGUGGAUGGCCAACGAGAAGAAGCUGAACCUGAAGAAUGUGUCCAAUUCUGGCGACAGUAGUCACGAGUAUCACGAGAUCAGCGACGAGGAGGACUUCGCCCCUCUCGAGAGUCCGCCGUUUGAGAUUCUGGACUUCGGGCCGUCGCUGUGUGAAGAGGUGUUCCGCGAGUUGGACUCAAUCAAACCGGACCUGAAUUCGGACAUUACGGACACCGAACAGGCCAUCAACGAGACAACGGUGAACGUGAAGAACGAGGUGCGAGAGAUCAACCUUCGCAUCAACAAAGACAUUAUGCAGACCACCAGCAAAGGCAAGAAACAGGCGAUGGUUAAGCCCAUCUCGGCGUCGGAUCAGAUGGAGUUGGACUCAGCCAUCGCGAUGGCCAAAGACAUCGCCACCAGAUCUAUGCUCACGUUAGACAAUGAAAUGCUUGACCCGAACGGCCGCCACAACGACUCGCCGAAGACACCAAACUCGCCGAAUAAGAAGAAAACGUUUUCGUUUAAGUUUCACACAUCGAAGUCGUCGCCG